AUGGAUAACUAUCAUGCGCAAAACUUCAGGACCUCAGCCUCCAGUUUUGUCUCAGCUACAAAACACCCUUUUGUCACACAUGUGAACGCACAUUUUAUCCCAGAUGAUGCACGAAGCAAUGCUUGGGUCUCGUUUGAUGGGAAGAGAAGGCAACAACUGUCGAGAGGAGAUUCUGUAAGGAUAUGUAUGAGCCAGCAUCCACUUCCAACAGUCAACAAAUGCGACCAGACAGGUGAUUGGUUCCGCAGCUUGAUUCGCUGCCUGAAUUGGAAUGAAAGACUAGAUCAGAAGGCUCUUUGA